AUGGAUCAGAGAAGGAAACCGUUGGAAUUUGAAGUGGGAGAGCAUAUAUUUCUGAGGGUUACACCGACAACUGGUAUUGGAAGAGUGAUAAAAACCAAGAAGCUGAAUCCAAGGUUUAUAGGACCGUUUGAGAUUCUGAGGCGAUUCGGGCCGGUAGCAUAUCAAGUAGCUUUGCCGCCUCACUUGUCUAACUUGUAUGACAUAUUCCAUGUGUCACAACUCCGUAAGUACACGUCAGAUGCGGCUCAUGUGUUAGAGCUCGAGUCGGUCGAGUUGAGGGAGUACUUGACAUUUCAAGUAACACCGGUGCAGAUUGAUGACACUAGCGUGAAGAAACUGCGAGGAAAGGAAGCUCAACUGGUUAAGGUUGCUUGGAAGAGAUCAAGAGUGGAAGAACAUACUUGGGAAUUAGAGUCUGAGAUGCAGAAGGAUUAUCCCGAGCUAUUCUCAGGGACGGCGGUUAAUCCCGCCUGUCGAGGCCGUGGCGGUGGCGUAAGAAUGGUGGUUAAUUCUGCUUACGUUGAGAUGUGA